CGUGGCUCGGGACAGGAGAAGGGGGCUGAGCGCUUACUGGGGGAAAGGAGGUGGAGACCAAAGGAGGAUUCAUAAACAGGAGUUCAUCUCCUAGUUUUAAAACGCCCCUCUCAGUUCAAACCUUCAAGUAGAGUAGAACUAGACCACACUCAGAACUCACUAACCGACCCAACACGACUGCUCUUUCACUGGACAAAGUUGAAUGGACUUGAUUCCACGGACAACUCAUUGUUUUCGUUAACUUUUCAGGACGUCUUCCCACUUUAGCCGGGACACUUAACUUAACUCCCUCAAACUUUAGACGACUCGUACUAGCUGACAAGACCACUGAAACGAACCGCUGUAGUGAAUCUCUGGGAUUUUUAAAGGAGAAAGACGACUGGAGGAACUCUCUCAAAUGCAAAACUAUAUGUAUGAGAAAGCGAUGGCACCCGAAACAAGAAACGGAGGAACAUCCACGUUAAACAACAACGGCGUAGACAACAGCAAGAGGAAACUUUUGAUAGCACUAGACAUCUUCUGCCUUGUCCUGGCUGGCCUGCCUUUCCUGAUAAUUGAAACUAGCACAAUCAAGCCGUACCAUCGCGGGUUUUACUGCAGUGACCAGUCCAUCCAGUACCCGUAUAAAAACGGGGACACCAUAAGCGAUGCCGUGCUCUGUGCCGCUGGCAUUCUAAUUGCCAUCCUCUCUAUCGUGAUUGGCGAAUGCUACAGGAUCCAUUACCUGAACCAGGGCUCCAAAUCUUUCGUGGGAAACCCAUAUGUCUCCGCCCUUUACAGACAAGUGGGCGUGUUUAUCUUCGGCUGCGCCGUCAGCCAAUCAUUCACAGACAUCGCCAAGGUCUCGGUUGGGCGGAUGAGGCCGCACUUCCUAGAUGUUUGUCAGCCUGACUACUCUACCAUCAACUGCUCUCUGGGAUAUAUUACUCAAUACACAUGCCUUGGAGAUCCCAGCAAAGUACAAGAGGCCAGGAAAUCCUUCUUUUCUGGACAUGCUUCAUUUUCAAUGUACACCAUGCUGUACCUGGCUUUCUACCUGCAGUCUCGGUUCACGUGGCGAGGAGCCCGUCUCCUACGGCCCCUCCUCCAGUUCACCUUGCUAAUGAUGGCCUUCUACACCGGCUUAUCACGUGUCUCUGAUCACAAGCACCACCCCACUGAUGUCUUGGCUGGCUUUGUCCAGGGAGCCCUGGUGGCCUACUGCAUAGCCUUUUAUGUAUCGGACCUCUUCAAACCCAAAGCCAAGACUGCCACUCCACCUCCCUCGCCAAUCAAGAAAGAGCUCCUCCCCUCUUCUGACAUCAUAGAGAGGAACAACCAUCACAACAUGGUGUAGGAGGGAAUGAACGGGAGGAUCCGUCUGUAAUCUCCCCAUCCCUCACCCCCUCCCCCCAUCCCCUUGAAGAAACCAGAACAGCCACCUGUGACAGAGGAGCUACGGCCUAGCUGACACCUCCUCUCUCUCAUCUGACAGUAGAAUGUAGGGACAGGACAGAGACAAUCCUAUUGACUCUUAUUAUGACUUUAUAAAGACCUCACUAUCCUAGAGCCCAAUCUGGAAGGCGAAACCGACACAAAGCUAACAAAAAAAAAGUGAUUUCUCCCUCGAAAUGUUGCGUAAUUUGUUGCGGAGCAUGAAUUCAGUUCGGGCAAACCGGCCCUUUGACGAAAAUAAUACACAGAAAUAUAAGAAUGCGUUAACGAGCGACAACGAAAGGAAGGAGAGGGUGAAUGUGAGGCUGGUCAUGUGACCAGCGCUUCUCUCUUUCUGACCGUCUCUUUCUAUUGUCUCUGUGGCCUUUCCGUAACCGCAUAGGACAACAAAUUCCUUAUUAAUAGGAAUGAUUCGUUUUACCUGCGAUGUAAUUAGCACAGAUAUAUUAACAAUAUAAAGAAGAAUAACUUAUAGCACUAUAUCCAAGUUCAUUGUUAAAUGUCACCACUCGCUAUCUGAGAAGUGUAGCUUUGAGAAGCUUGAUGAAGGUCUGUACACGAGAUCAACAGCCAUCAAAGCUGAUCUUGUUACCCGAACAGUGGCCUAACUGCAUUUUAACGGGUUUUAAAUGGUGGGUGGGUGGGGAAAGGGACU